AUGCCAUCUAGACACCUGGCGACGUUCCACAAAAGCUCUGGUGCGGCGCCGCGCCGCUGCCCGCUCUGCGCCGCGUCGUUCCGCGCGGUGGACAACCUACAGCGCCAUCUGGUCAGCCGCCACGCCAACUGGAAGCGCUGGGUGUGCUCGCUCUGCGGCCACCAGUACAACCACAGCGUGGACCUGAAGCGACAUCUGAAGCGGAAGCACGGCGUCCAGCUGGCUCCCAUCACUGGCCGUGGCAAAAAGGACAUCCUGGAUCGGCGCCAGAAGCUGCGACGCCUGCUCGACAUGGUAGCCACGGAGCGGUACGACGCCGAGCUGCUCGAGUUCUUCCGGCGGCUGCCAUUGGCACGGCCGGGCAUCAAGCAGGGCCAGCCGAUCGCGGCGACCCCGCGCGCCGGCGACCGGGCGACCGACGCUGCCCUCCCGCGCCGGGAUCCCAGGGACACCGACGAGCGAACGCCCAGCUCUGGGGAAGAUCUGGGCGAGGGCUGCGCGGUUGGUGCAACGCCGGGCGGAGCUGGAGGCGGGUCGACUCUUUGCGCGGAGGGAGACGCGGCCCUGCGGCUGGGCGGCGGCCCACUGGCCUGUCGGGGCGAAGAUCCGCCGGUGUGGCCGAGGUCGGACCGGCGGUCGUCCUCGGAGGACCCCUCCGAGGCCGACCGAACGGUCACCGCAGAAGUAGACGCCUCUGUCCGGUUGAAGGGGGGUCCGUCGGUGCGCCGCAGAGCAAGCGCAGCUGUCCAGCCGUGGGGCGGGUCAGCGUUCCGCCUGGAGAACGCGGCGACAGCCCUGCCGCCCCGUUCCGAGGACGACCCCGCCUCGCCGGUCGGCGUCGAGGAGCACGCGGAGGCCCGCCCUGCCGAAGGGCCGUCAGGUGGCGCGGCGGCCGGACCGGCACCACCCUCCCGGAAGAGACGCCAGCCCGGCUCGGACGGCGCUCGGCCCGGCCCCAGACGCAGCUGGUCGGCGCCGGCGAGCGGCUGGGCCGGCGGCCGCGGCAAGGUGCUUCAGCCGCGCGUGCUGACCCGUCUCAACGCACAGACGACGCCCAAGACUGUCUCCCUGCUGGAGGUGGCCAUCGCCGCCAGGAGUAAAGAGGAUAAGGCGCAGUCUCGUUUCCCGUGCUGCACGUGCCGCAAAGUACUGUCGUCCAAGGGCAACCUGCGCUGCCACCUGGUCUCCCACACCGGCGAGACGCCCUUCCACUGCUCGGCCUGCUCGGCCACCUUCAGGUACUACACAAACGCCAAGGGUCACCUGCGCCGACACACGGCGGCGCGCGCCGUCUGCGACGUGUGCUCGCGCUCCUUCCUGCUGCCGAUGGACCUGCGCCGGCACCAGCGCACGCACCGCUCCCAGGCCAGGCUUUCCUGCCCGGAGUGUCCGUCCCAGUUCAGCCGGGCGGACAACUUGACCCGUCACCGCCGACAGAACCACGGCGGGGGUGCGUCCACGCACGCCUGCCCCACCUGUCACAGCAGCUUCAAAACGGCCGCCUGGCUCCGGCAGCACCUGAAGAUACACACCGCCGCCAGGGACGAGGUGUGCGAGGUGUGCGGACAACGGUUCGCGCUGCGUGCUUACCUCGAGCGGCACAUGAAGUCGCACGGCCAGCAGCGCGUCUACUGCGGCGUCUGCCCCCGCCGCUUCAUCAACCUCAAGAACUUGAUGGUGCAUCGAGAGACCUUCCACCGGAACCCGGCGCCGCUCUCUGCCGAGGAGACGCGCCUGGCGACGACGCCGCGGCCCGAGAGAGGGGCCGUGUGUCCGACAUAG